AUGCGCCGUCCACAGCUCGAGGACGCCGAGUGCCGACCCCUGGCGGCCGGAGGGCGAACGGCGCGCGCGCCCGCCCGGGUGACGUCAUCAGGCACGGCGCGCGCGCCCGCCCGGGUGACGUCAUCAGGCGCGGCGCGCGGCGGAUUCCGCAUGUGCAGUGGCCGGCAGCGAGCCCAGACACCUCGGGUACAAAUAUUUGAAAAGUACAAGAUCAAAGUCAAGGAUGACAAGCUGGAUGCCACGUUCAAGGAGGCCUCGGGGCCCAUCAACUUCACCAUGUUCCUGAACGUGUUUGGGGAGAAGCUGAGUGGCAUGGAUCCUGAGGAGACUGUCCUCAGCGCAUUCAAGAUGCUGGACCCUGCUGGCAAGGGCAGCGCCAACAAGGACUCGUGAGCGGGGCAGCUCGUGUCCCAGGCCAACAACAUGACUGCUGAAGAGGUCGACCAGAUGUUCCAGUUCUCCACCAGCAAUGCCACAGGCACUGACUACAAGGUGCUGGGCCAUGUGCUCACUCAUGGGGAGAGGAGUAAGGGGCACCUCCGCCCCACGGGACUGUGACCAGUUGAAUAAACGUAAACCCACAAA